UGAACUCAUUUACUUGAACAAGCUGAGCGCUGCAAGCAGUUUCACCAGAAAGAACAGACUAAGCUGUGAUGAAGUCUUCAAUCAAAUCGGAUCGAUCUUGUAUAGCUAUAACUUACUAUUUGAUGUUUGUGUCUUCAGCAGUAUCUGGUUAUUAUUUAAAAAAGUGCUCAUGUUACAUGUUCAACGUGAGUAGUGCAGGUUGGGAUACUAGCAGGGAACAGUGCCAAACGAAYGGGGGUGAUCUUGUCUCGAUAGAGAACGAUGCAGAAUGGGAAUUUAUCAAGAACUAUAUAAUAACACAGCGUUAUAACAAUGCAGAAUGGUGGAUUGGUCUGACCAGAAGUGAGCCUAGACUUCCCAUACUUCCCAUACCUCCCAUAGCACGAUGGAAAUGGCUGACAAAUGUUACUUGCGACCUAAGGCAAUGUCAGUAUAUUUCGUUAGAKCACAGUCACGGCGUUAUUGAUAUAGAAGAUCAUGAAAUGUCAAUAUGGAGUGAAAACAUGAACGAGGAAAUGGGAAGAAUUUGUGAAAGAAAGGCAACAGUGAAUACAGAUUGCAAGGCUACAGAAGUAAAUUGGUGUGACAACAUCAGUUCUACUAGAGGUCCGACUCUGCGUAACAGUAGUAACACGUCCCAUGGUGACACCACGAUUCACACAACCACACAAGCAAAGACCACCAGGAGCUCUAGAGUAAAAGMCAUUCAAGRCAUUAGCCCUCUUUACACAACCACGCAAGCAAAGACCACCAGGAGCUCUAGAGUAAAAGCCAUUCAAGACAUUAGCCCUCUUUACACARCCACRCAAGCAAAGACCACCAGGAGCUCUAGAGUAAAAGCCAUUCAAGACAUUAGCCCUCUUUACACAGCCACACAAGCAAAGACCACCAGGAGCUCUAGAGUAAAAGGCAAUGAGAAGAAAACAGAGUCAAGCAACAAGAAAAAAGAGUCCUCAAUGGUGGUCAUUAUGAUCAUUAUUUCAGUCGCCAUUCUGGCUUUUAUUGGAAUUGUGGUCGUUGUCAUCUGCGGCUGCAACCGAAACGAAAAAGAUGAAGAAGAUCAAGAACAACAUCAAGAAAUAAAUACCGAGGAAAUAGCUAUGAAAGAACGAAAGACACUUGUCAAGUUACAGCCUCGUAGAGGACUUGAUGUCGAGGAGCAUCAAGAUCCAAUUUUCGCAGCAAUUGACAAGACCAAAAAGACAAAAUCGGUUGAGACUCGACCAGAUACAGCAGUAAAAAAGUCACCAAAGCCACCAAAGAAAAGGGAAGAAGACCUUACAUAUGCUGUAUUGGGUGAUUUCAAAGAGAAUGAUUCAUCACCUGAAGUCCUCAAACCGCCGACGUACGAGGAAACGGACUACGCCAUUGUUAAUGUUUAGAUCUCUUCYUCAGCCGGUUGUUCAUCCUGCUAGAUGUAAAUAGACUUCAGUAAUGAUCUGAUAAAUGUAUCGUAAUGCAUGAUGUGAGUUGAUGCUAAAUAGCCAUUUAUUCAUUUAUGGAUAGUGGACGUAACUUAACAAGAAAUGUGAUGAACACUUUCCAGUGCAGACGGAUCCAGCGAUGGAUUUAUAGGAUCCCCACUCCCGUAGUCAUCCAAUACAUACAUAUAGACACUAAGGCUCAAUCGAUGCAACCCUAAUAAAAACAUACAGACAAAUCAAAAUGCGGUAGCUUAAAAAAUGUCAUUGUGAUCCUUCACGUAUUUGUGAUCCUUUAUACCUUAAAUGCACUCCCUCUUGAAAUCUUGGAUCCGUCACUGUUUUCUAAGUUGAACGCAGUCUUGAACUGAUUUCUUGGCGUCAUCUGCUAGUCUAGUUAUUGUAUUGUUGUCUAGAACCAUAGGCUCAUGCUGGAAAAAAAAUCAAAAACAGAUGACAAAAACAAUAACUAAACAGGCGCUGCUUAGCGUGCACUUUUUGGCUAGUACCCACAUGGGAGGGACCGCGACACAUAUUUUGGAUCUGGGGGCCUGACGACCRCMAAAGUCMAAAGUAUUAAGRGAGUCUGGACYUYCCCCAGGAAAUUUUGAAAUAUCAACUCUUGGAAAUGCGAUUUCCAGCGUUUUGAGAGACAUCGGGGACAUAUAAAGGGACCGAUUUUAUGUGAAUUUUUCAGUAAUUCUUUUCAGAAAAUUUUAAUAUUUCCUUGCUACUAGUACGUAUAUGCGUAAAGGACGCUACGCGCCUGCUAAAACAAUAAAAUAAACAGAAAAAUGGAAAAAUGAAAUUGUUUAACGAUGGAUAUUACGCAUUUCAAACACUCGGUCGAUCGUACUCGGCUCUGACACAUGAUCUUAAACAACUGAUCCUCACAGACUUAAUUUAACGUUCUUUUGGAAAUCAUUUUAGUUCAAUAAAACUUUGACUAUUGCUGUGCAUAUUUCUAUUUGAAUUUUAUUUUGUGAACGCGUAAGUCGCGCUGUCMCGUAUUUGAGAGUUAURAAUAAACAUGAGCCAUAUUUUUGGCAACAAUUGUUGUUUGCUGAGGAGAUGUCUGGUCAUUAAUAGGUCAGUUACUUUUCACGUGUGUAUUAAUUCUUUUAAUCAAUGUCAGCGACCUCCCCGACGACCACAACAAUUAAAGUUCUUAAAUGCGGUUAUGCUAGAGUGAAGCCAUGGGCGUUACUCCUCUCUUACUUUAUAAAGACAUUGACAAUUCAUAAAACGUUAGAUGCUCUUCCUUCUGACUCUUUUUGUAUGCAUGUUACAGUUAUGACAACGUCUCACCAAUGUGAAUAGAAAAUAUCAAGUGAUUAAGUUGUGUUGAACAGUGUAAUGAAUAAUGUGUUUUUGAAAAUUAAAUAUUCAUUAUUU